UUGAAAGCGGCGGGAGGUGCGCGGGGGCGAUGGCUCGGCCGGGUCCCACGGCCGCGGUGUUUUCGGCCUCGUCGCGGCGGCCUGGGAUGGCGGAGGCUUUGAAUCAUUUUAAAAAAGACUACAGAGCAAGAUUCUGCCAUGGAGGAGGAAAUAAGAUUGAUGUACAGCCAGGUCAAAACGUACUGACAGUCAUACAGGAUUGUUUCGAAAGUUGUAGCAGUGAUCUUGAAAUAAGCUCUCCAAGUGCAACCUGUUGCUCAACUCCUAUUGUCAGAAAUGAGAAGAGGACUUCAAUACAGAGCCAAAGGCCAAAGGCACGGUUAACUAACUCUGUGAAAAGAGCCUGUAAUUCUGCAGAGUCCUUACCUGCAUCACCACUAAAACCAGUCAGCAGCAGAGGAUGGUCACAUGAAUCACCUCUGAAGCCUGCAAUACAUGAUCACGUAACUGAUUCUGAAAAACCAAAGUCUCCUGUGUCUGAAAGAGAAACAAAUAAUAUGUUAAAAGAUGUUGAAGCACUGUGCAAAAGUCCUGCCGCAUCUUUGGACUCUGAGGAUGAUUAUGGGGCUAUUGGAUCACCUCUUCUUCUGGAGGAAGCAAAAAGAUUACAUUUUGAUGACCAAAAUAAUCCUGCUGCAGCGAAGAGCCACGUGGAAGUUGAAAAUGUGGAAGGACCUCAGACUGGGAGAGAUGAGCAGGUUGUUCCUGUGCAAGGAACAGUACAUAUUGCUGCGUCUUCUGUACGGAAAGAGAAGUCUCUCUCUUCGGUUGUCUUAGCAGCUGUAGCAACAGGAAUGCUUGGAAAAAGGUGUUCAGCCUCAAUGUCACUGCCGUUACCUCCUCCUAUGAAAGAUCAAGAUAUAGAAAUAGAAAACGAAUGUGAAUUUUUAAUUGAUGAAUCAGAUGGUGUACCUUUUAAUUCUUUUUCAAUGCCCCAUAAGAACAAACAAUCAAAAAAAGAUGGCUCUGCAAUUCCUGUUUCUAAAUCUCAGUCAUCUGAAAAGGAGAAGACAGAGAGUAAGAAAGGCAAGAACAGAAAAGUACAGCUUGAAGCACUUACUACACAGAAAAUGGAUGAUUUGGAUGUCAGAGUACAUGACUUCAAAGGAACAUCAGGAACAGAUCCAGUUUCUAACAGUGAAGGAAAGGUCCUUAAAUCUCAAAGGCAAAAGAGUACUCAUAUGGGAAAGACUAAAAAGCAUGCACUUAGGCAAGGCUCUUCAAACCAGAAAAAGGACACGUCCGGGAAACCAGAAGGCAAAGAACUGGUGUUGUCAUGGUCUAGAUUGGAAACAGAAGCAUCUGAUGCAGAACAACAUAAAACAAGGGUGAUGCCAAGUGAUGAUUUGCCUAUGCCCUCAGCUGGGCAUCAGCAAGAGCAGACUCUGUCUCCCAAAAAGAAUCUCAAGUCUUCCAAGUAUGUGCAGUCGGCUUCAGAAGCUUCUCAACAAUUAGUUCACAAGAAACAAACUGCUAAGCAGAAGCUUCCAGAAGUAUCUAAGAGACUGGCAGAAAGUCCGAGGAAGAAGCUUAAAAAAUCUGGCAAGAAAAGUAGUAAUAAAAAGCCUCAGUUACAAAGAGAGGGGAGUUCUGACAGUGAACCUGAUGAAGAAGAGCUUGAACGAGAGCCCGUAAAAUUGAAUGAAGUGUUUACCUCGCCCCUGCAUCAGAAAUUACAGACUUCUGUGAUUCACGAGUUGGCUAAGUUUGAAACGCCUGAAAAUGGAUUGCACACAUUGGAGUCACUUUGUGGUGCAAAUAACAAAACUCCUGUAAAAGCACUACAGCAUCUCAUAGACAGUGUGAAGAAUGCUGAAAAGAAACAAUUGUCAGCUAAGUCUUCAGGGAAGAUGCCCAAAAAGAUGCAUUACAGAGCCAGUAAAGGUGUUGGCUCAAACCCUGAGGACACUGAGUCUCAAACGGAUUCUGACAGCUUUUCUGUACAGGACAUGGCAAGAAAAAAACAGAAGUUAUCAGAUGUGAAAAUAAAGAGUAACAAAAGAAAACGUAACAUGCAACAUGGACUACGAGAUUACGUUGCAGCUGAGAAGGCUACAAGUUGUGAAAGCGGGCCUGCUCUAGAACAUGGUGAUAAAUCUGCUUCCAGAAUUAAGUCUUGGGAACAGGAUACUACAUCUUUAGGUAAUUCUGAAGACUUGAAUUACCAAGUAAAAAAUCUGUUGUCAGACAGCAUAGCAAGGCAUAAAAUAGUAAUGCCUUCCAACACACCUAAUGUUCGUCGGACAAAAAGGAUACGUCUAAGACCUCUGGAAUAUUGGCGAGGCGAGCGUGUAAACUAUACGAUGAGGCCUUCAGGAACACUUGUGAUUAGUGGAAUAGUGUGUCCAGAAGCAGAACCUUACAGGAAGGUUGAACGGAGGAAGGGUGAUCGCAAGAAGAGAAGGGAUGAAACAAGAAGUGAGAUACCUCCAAAUUUGGUUGACACCCUAGCUGAUACUUCUAAGCCAACCAUUGUAGUGGACCCGGUAACAAAUGGGGAAGUACUUCUAGAAUGUGUUAACACUGAAAGCAGUAACUCAUGCUUCUUCAAAGAUGAAUCAAUAGAAAUAUAUAAAAAUUUGAAUACAUCUUAUUUUGCCACUGGUAGAUUGAUUUUGAAACCAUUUAAAGAAAAGGGGCACCAGUUUGUCUACAUGGAUACAAUAGCUUUCCAUGUUAUCCGUGGCAAAAUUAUUGUUACCUUACAUAAGACGUCAUAUUAUCUGACUACAGGAGACUACUUCUAUGUUCCAGCAGGAAAUGGAUAUAACAUACGUAACCUUCUGAACGAAGAAAGUGUUCUUGUCUUCACACAACUCAAAAAAGACAGUUUCUGCAGAAAAGUUUGCUGAAACAGUUUUCAAGUUUUUGUAUGUUUUGAAGUUCUUUUUACAUACAGAAAGUGUUUGAGUGUGCCCAGCUUAACAUUACAAAUUAAUACAGAGCAGCUGAAAUCAAUGUAAGAAGAGUUAAGAACAAAACCAAAAGAACCUCAGUAAUUUGCUAUCAAACUGAAAGGACAUACUGAAGGGCCUCACUCUGCAUCAGUUAUUGUUCUUGUGUUGUCCAAAGACAGAAAGAUAAAAGUGUAAAAUUUGUGGGUAAAGCACAUUGUUGUUCCAAAUUGUAUUUAUAGGCCUAAUCUCCCUAAAGAUGCUUAGCACUUGAAAGAAUUUUGACAUCUUCAGCUAACAUCUGAGAGUCUUAACGUCUGCCUGGUACAAACUGCUUAGAAUAAUCUCUAUUUAAAUGUAAGACUGUGCUGUUCAUGUUCCAGUAAUUGUUGUCUAGGAGAUGGGCUGCUGGAAUGCUUGUGUGCUGGGGUCCAGCCUUCUUCUAAUAUGUUAAUGACAGGCGUUUCUUCCUUGUCUAGCAGAGGUAUGAUUAGUGCCUCAAAUUCGAAUUGUGAAAUGGGAGCUCUUAGUAGGAGCUUAUCGGUCCUAUCUUUUGUAUGGAAGCUAUGGCUUGAUUAGCUCUGAACAUUGUGGAUAGCUUUGUUUUGUGUAACAGGGAUAGGUCAUUGCCAAGUGUAUUACUUUAGUAUCUCCUUUCGUUUCUGUUGCAGUGUUCCUUGAUAAUAAUGAGGACCUUUGGAAAAACUAAUUAUAAUAUAUGGUCCAGAAGCCAAGUCUAGAUAGCAGAUGGUAUACAUAGCAUUUGUCACCCAAGCUUUUCAAGGUUCCUUCUGGUUGAAGAUAAGGAUAAACUACAGCGAAUCUGCUGGGUGCUUUCUCUCCAUGGUCACUGCUGUUCUAGAAAAUUGAAUUGGAAUCGUAAACUUUAAGGACUUGAGGAUUGAGUAUUGACCUUGUAAACAGUCUUGGGUACAACAUCUUUAUGCUAUGUCUAGAAUAUACGUUAAAGUAGGAGGACAAUUGGCUUUAGUGCUUCCCUUAAGCUUUCAGCUGCCAGCUGACUUCGUAUAUCUGUGAAAGGGCUUGGACACCAAGAUUACCAUGCCUCUGUGAAAGACACUUUAGAUUGGGGAAUUCGAGGUAAUAUAUAUAUAUAUUUUUUAUCAUUCUCCUUCAAGCAGUAGUUCCUAUGAUUAGUGCAUAUUUAGACUGACAGUGGAAAUACAUAGUAGAAGUUUUUUGGCAUCUUUGCAUUCAUGGCUAGGUCAUGCUUAACUCUGAGAAGAUGAAACAGAGGAACAUGCUUAUUGCCAUUUAGUUCUUCUGUCUUGAUACAAACUGUUUGCUGUCAAAGUUCAGACUGCACAGAAGGACCUUUUUAAAAAUAUUUUUAUUAGCCUCAACUUUUGUAAGCAGUUUGAGUUAAUAAUAAAAAGUAAUUUAGUUACAGCUGAUAAUAAUUUGAUAUUGGCAGCUUUUCUAAAUUUUGGGCUUGGGUUGGUCUCUUCAAGGUCAGCAAGAUUCAAAUAUUGUCCCUUCUGUGUUGGAGCCAUACCAGCUACCAGAUGGGCACACAUGCUGUCUCCACUGCUUGAAGGGAUCCCACCCACUAAAAUGUUUAGUUUGUAAGUCUUUCAACUCCUCAGGCCUGCAGAGGUCUGGAAGUUUGCCACUUGGAAAACAGUACAGGGCUAGCAUUAGACCAAAAAGCCUCUGCUCCUAGCCCAAGCAUCUUGUCUCCCAGCGGUCAGGGCAUGGAUGUGGUGGUCUCUGACCCCAACAGCUCAUUAAUUCCAGCUGAAAGUCAGAACAAGACCACUUUUCAGUUGUGUUAAAGGCCAGGGAGUUCAGAAGGAAGACAACCCAGCAAAUUUUCUUCUGCAUUACCUGUCUGUAGAUUGAGUAGCAGAAGGAUACUUUGUUCAGGGGUUAGUGAACAUGUAUGGACAAUGGAGCUCAUGGCCCUAAAGGAAAGUAUGGAUGUAUGUUGUGACGGAGCUCAAGGCAGCCUGCUGCUUUCCUGUGUUCUAGUUUGGUGGGCUCCAAUGAGAAGUGAUACAUUGCCCUUGUUGUAUUGGGCACCAGUGUGUCUUCCCCCACUGCACUGUACUGCAACUUGGCAGCAAGGUUGUGAGUGGAUUUUCUUUUGGGUCAUAAGUAUAUGAUGAGAAAUACAUAAUCAGGAUGUUUUCUUAAGCAGAAGGAAUGUGUGCAGACCUUUUCCUGACACAGGCUGGAUGGUAGCAGAUGUUCAAGUGCAGGUUCGAGGUCAGCAUGCCAUGAAUGCCUGUUUCUGUUUUCCUAAUUCUGUGGCUGGGAGUGUUAACAGAAUAGGGUGGAUUUGGUAAAGUAUGUAAUUUUUUUAGGCUGGAUGGUUUUGUUGCUUCCUGGCUAGUUGAUUUCUUGGGAGAAAUGUCCUGUAUAGUCUGCAGAGAACAUUUUGUAGUUGGACUACAUGGUUUUAAAUUUUUCGUUUAAGUAGCAAAAUCAAUUGUGCCAAGCGUGGCAAUUUAUCUAGGAUUUUGCUUUAGUUUGGCAACAAUUCCACUAUUUGUCACUAGAUGGGGCUUCAAGCACAGGUGUUUGUCGUUGGCUGGCAUCUAUGUUCGGUAGGGUUUCGUUUUUGAAAGGAGGGAAGAAGAGUGUGUUACAGAUGGAGAUAAAUACAGUUGAAUUCUGUUGCAAGGAGAUGUAAAUCAGUUUCUGUUAACGUUAGGACUUGGCACUGAAACAUGCUAACAGAAUGAACUUAGCAAGCAUGUUGUACUAGUUGCAGCCACUUGUUCAAAGUUGUUUUUUAAAACAUUAGUGCACAGCAAGAGCUGAGUUGAGCUAGGUUGUUCACCGUUUGACUGGACUGCAUUUUAAUUUUUUUUCUUCGACUUGACACUUGUAAAAAAACUUGCUUCUGUGUCAUUAGCCUGAAUAUAGUGUGAGGAGGUACAGGAGAAUGUUGAGUUCCAGGACUCCUAUGGGUGCUGAGUUGUGCAGUGUGGCGAACAAGAAUCGGUCGUUAGUCAGAAGAAGCAGCUGAUUGUUUGACCUCUACCUAGUCUUGCUUUGGCUCCCGUUUCCUACAUUUAUGUGUACAUCAGGCUACUAGUAGUCAUGGGUAACCUUUGGUGGUCUAAUUUUUUCCUUUACCAAAUGGGAUACUGCAAAGAAAGAAAAAAGCCUUCUCUGAAAUGUGAGAAGUUAUCAUUCUUCUUCCUGCAUAUGUGUGAUUCUACUCUGUUGAGUAGUUUUAAUUUCCACUGACUACUGUGGUGGUUUCACAUAGAUAUGUAGCAAAAUUAUUUAGACUUGGUAAAAUGCUAAAGUAAUAGCCCAUAUAGAGGAUGUUGUGGUCUGCAGAUUAAAUAAAUAUUCUUAGAGUUUCUGUAAUGUUAUUUGCCUGUUGUAGCUUUUAAAACAGCUUUAAAAUUAUUUCAUGGACUACAAUGCCUCAUAUAUUCAGCUCGGAUCGCACAGCUUGUUGCUUACACUAGAGUACAGAACAUCACCUCUAAUAGUAGUAGUAGAGAUCUGAGCCAGGUUUGUGCUAAGCUGGGCCAAAGUCGGUUAGCUAGUGUUGCCUGCUGUGGAGUGGAGUUGGGAUUGUCGUUGAGAGAGACACAUGGCCUUUUCUGUUGCCUGUGUAGUACACAUGCUGUUCCUGGAGGAUAUCACUGGUUUAGUAUAUUAAUUCAUUGCUUUCUGUCAACAGUAAUGGAGAGAACUGGAAACAAAAGCUGAAUCACAUAUUUCAUCAGCUUCAUGUUAGCAGGUAUAUGUGUUCUAUGGUAGGUGUUGUGGUAACAACUAGAAGUUUAUUUUAAGGAACUUAAUUGACAAUGUCCCACCACAAUAAAAAGUCAGGUUUUUGAAGGCUUUGGCUCCCUUUGAAAAAAAUUACUUUACUGGUUAGUAGGUUCUUUUGAAAAUCUAUCUUUUCAUAGUUUCAUUUGGUUAGAAAGCUGUUCGUGUUUUACUAAACAAAGCCUUUUUGCAAUUUAAAGCAGCAGCAGAAUGGUUGCAAAACUGUCAGAUAUGUGUGCACAUCCAUAUUCGUACAAGUUUGUAAACAUAAAAUAAGAGAAUGUGAGCUGUGUAAUUACAGAAAAAUAAACAGCACCAAUAAAACAACUUGUUGAGGCACAUACACAAUUUCUUCUAUUUUUCAAGUACACAGCUGAAUUGGUUAUCUGCAGAUGAUUUUAAAUUAACAUUUGGGGAAUGCAAUAAACCUAAAGAGCUAUUUCCUCAUUUCAUAACAGCUGAAAAGACAUUUCAGCAUGAAGGAGUGUUUCUUAGAUUUCUACUGAUGUAUAGAUUCUUGCACAAUGUCUUUUGUAAUACAGGAUUUACUUUAAGUGGUGAUUGAUUGCAGAUAAUACAUCUAACUGAAGAGUAUGGAACAUGCCUCUUUAAUGAUAUUGACAGCUGUGGUAACUGAAUAUCUUAGUCUUUCCAAGCUGGUACAUUUCCUCUUCAGAAUAUCCUAUCACUUCAUGGCUGAUCACAAAUGUAGUCAGAAGAGACCUCGAAGCCAAACGUUUCUCAGGUGGCAUGGAAAAGCUUCAUUUAGGAUUUGACAACCAAAGUGAUUCCUAUGGUCCAGUUCUAAGAUGAAAACAGUAGCUGAUCAUCAGUCAAAACAGUUGGCUGCAGAUUAUUAGGGAACGAAUACGUUAAAAAGAGUGCCUGCAGAGCUGCCCUGGGUUCUUAAGCCCACCCACAAAGCUCCUGUUCUGGUUUGCUUUAUUUAAACUCCUGUGCCCAAGUAAAGGCGCACAGAAGGGGUUGUAAAACCACAUUUACUUUGCACUUCUUCUGUGGUCUUUUCUUGUUUGGAGCACAAGAAGGGCAAUAAUUGAAACAGGGAGCCGAAAGAAGCAAAGCAUUUACUUUCUCAGUCUGACUGUUCAGUUGAGAUGCAAAUCUAAAAGUGCUCAUAGAAAAACAUACUAAUGUCCUGAGUAAGAUUUUCAACUUCUCUUUGGAGCUCGAUAGGUAAGGACUUUUAAAUUUGAAAACUGAAGAAUUGCAGUACUAUUGACAACUGUUUAGGAAGUUUAUUAAAUGGGUAUAAUAGCUGUUAACACAUAUUAUUUAGCUUAUUACAUUUUUUUGUGGUCAUGGUGUUAAAAGUUGCCGUUUCUUGUGUUUUCAGUAACAGUUGCUGAAAUGAGAAUUAAGAUGGCAGAUGCAUGGUAACGCCAUGUGGGUGUCUUCUGGAAUCAAUGUGCCAUAAAGAGGGAGAGAAAAGGAGUGAUAUGAGAGGUGUAAACAUAAUGAAGAGCUAUAGUGGUGUCCGAAGGUGGUGCAGACUGGCUUGUCUAGGUUGUACGAAGGGUUUUCAAUGUAAUUCAAUAACUUUUGGAGGAGCAGUAUGUGACUCUUCCGAUUGGUAAGGGAAACCUUUCCAGUGUUGGUGCCAUGAGAACACAGCUGUCUGUGCUGGUAACCUACACUCUUGUUUUGGGAUUCUAGUAGUGCUAUGAUCACUUGUGUUUAAGAGCAUAAAGUCAUCUUAUCUAAAACUGUAGGAUUCAGCUAAUGAAUGUGAUGUAUAAUCCACUGAGCAAGAGGCCUGAACUUACUGAAUUUUAUCCUUUCUUUAUGUUAUCAUCACUUUUGUGUUGUAGUACAGAGGGGGAAAUUACAAGAAAUGAAAGUUAAUUAUGAAGAAGUUUUUUUCAAACACAAUCUGAACUUGAAAUUUUAUUGCUGACAAAGAGGGGGCUCCCCUAGGACGCAGUAGCCUAUACGCUGAAGAAACUAAGGACUUCUAUAUUUCAGUUAGUGCCGAGUCAGCUCUGAGGCUAAUUAAUCAAAACAAAUUUACAAUUAAGUUCAGACAGGAAGACUAAUUAAGUAGCCAGUUAAGAAAAAGUGCUGAAGGAGGGAGCAACCUUAAGGGGAAAGUAUGAGACUCCCAGUAUUGGCCCAUGAAGGACAAUUAAGUGAUAAUUGUGGAUCUCUCUGACUUUUUUUAUGGCUGAUUUUCUUCAUAUUAGCAAAAGCAGACAUUUGCCUGUUAAGCAACUCAGCUUUACUGUGCACUCUUAAGGUAAUUCAUAGGUAAAGCACAGAGGUUGCUGCAGGAAUAAAUUGGAACACAGCUGCCAGACUUGGAACAGUAUUUUAGCUAGCGAAAAAGCCCUCUGUGUUUUAAAGACAAAGUAACUGUAAAUGUUUGCUUUAUUUGCUUCUUCAUUUUGUGACAUACCGAGUCCAUCUUAGCAUCCUGUUUAACCUUUCAAACAAAUUGCAUCGAGUGAAUUAUCUUACCAGAAUUUAGAAUACCUUCACUUUGUUCAGUUGCUAACCCUAUUUAAGUUCACAGAAAUCAUUACCUUGUUAUGAAAUGGCUUCUGUUGCUUACAUCCUGCACCCACGCUGCAUGACAUACUUGUGUUUCUUGAUGGAAAAAAGAGGGGGGGAACUCUAACAGUAAUAUUGUUUUUACUGAAAAUAAUUAGGUCCUCUUCUGAAGGACUUUUUAAGCUUGCAGAGCUCAUCUCCGGUGAGAUGCUGAGGGUUGCAAAUGAGGUGCAUGCCCCAGUCCUCCUGCACCCCUCCUUGCCCAUUUCCAUGGAACUGUGAUGCUGAUGAAGUAUGAAACCUGUCUUAAUUAAUUGGACACAUGCAUGGGCUAAGAAUUUGCUUAAACGUCUAGCUUUUUUUUUUUUUUUCUUGUGCACUUACCUGGAACUUGAAUUAUUUCAGAAAUGACAACGAAGGGGUCUCCUCAUGUAUUAAGGUGUUGAUAGUAAUUUUCUUUUCUUCAUGGAAUUCUGUGUGCACAUGCUGCCAGUGUGAUGCGCUGUGUCCUGCUAUGCACAUUGGCAUUCACCUGCCACUGUUUCAGCUCAACUGCUGUAUCAAGUUUCAAUCUGCUCCUUCAUUUUUUGUCUUGCUGCCUAAACUAAUUUGUUGCCUUUUCUGGAUGCAUUUCCCUUACCAAAGGUUUCUUUUUUGUCUUUGUGCUGCUUGCAAGGAUUGUAUCAUUUUUUUCUAACUCAGUUGCAGGUAUUUGAAUUAUUUCAGAGGUGUUCUUGUGCCUGAAGUUUCCUUUGCUACCUCUCCUUAAAGCUUUAUACAGGGCCUGGCAAAGCUCCCAAUAUUCUUGCUCAGAGAAGUGACACAAAGCUUCCUUUGGCCUUCAUUCUUUGAAAGACUUUUGUGUAGUUGUAAUCCCAAGAAGGUCAGCUUAGGAUGUCACUGGCAAGGCAUUUGUUACCAUCGUCAUCUGCCGUUUUCCAUGCUGCAGAAGCAGAACUGAGACUGCUGCAGGCCCGCACGGUUGCCCUUGAGCCUCAUCCAUCUGUUGAGGUUGGCUCUGCAGUGCCAAAAGAAUCCAUCCCAGCACAAUUCCUCCUGGCCAGACUUAUCCCAGAGCAUUGUAGCAUUGUGCUUCUUGCUCCUCUUGUAGCAGUAAUUCAGCAUGCUGGUCACUUCCUUUGCCUUGGCGCAAUCUUGCUGUGGCUCUGCCAUCACUUAGGCACCAUGCCAUACCCUGAUUUUGCAUUGGCAGGCUAGUCCAGGCAUUUACCUGCUCUUACAUCUUCAUUCCUCUUGCCAGUGGGAAUGCCAUUUGACACCGGCUGGUUUUGGCACAGAGGUCUAGCAUGGUAGUGCAUGCCCAUUGCUGCAGAUGUGGAUGGGGAUGCUUAUGCCCUCUCACACCCCGUUGCUGCCUGACUUUUCUGGUAAAUGCCGCGAGAAAAUAAUCUCCCUGGUUUUUGAUGUUUCUGUGGUGUGUAAGGAUGAGCCUGGACUGAAUAAGCUGGAAGAGCUGGGUGGCCCUUCAGGAUGACCUUCAUACAUUUCUCUUCAAGACAGAGCUGAGACCUGACCAAGCUCAUUUGACAUACCCUUCCAUGUGGCACGGCUCUGUCCACACAGUUCAGAACCUGCCAUCUCCAUUCUACCCAACGUACUGCCUGUGGGUGGGAGGUUGUAUUGGCAAAGUACAUUAGAGCGUUUGUGUACACUCUUGGUAUCCUCAUUCUUAUCACCAAUUCAGCUUUUCUGAAUCCAGGGCAACUGGCUCUAGGUGGUUCUGCUUGAGCAGGAGGUUUGGACCAGAUGACUUUCAGAGGUCCCUUCCAACCUCAACCAUUCUGUGGAAUCAGACUCCCAUGCUAUGGAAGCUGCUCUCCUAUAAAUUUAGUUCAUGCUUGUGUUGGGAGGACCCUUCUGUUGUACAUCUCAAGUGGAGGGCCUUUUCUGUGUCACACAGCAGGCUAUGAAUAUGCCAACUGUGGCAGAGUGUGGGGUGUGCCAGAGCGCUUGGCCACCGGUGAACAGCCAGUGUUUUCCCUUUCUCUACAGUGAAAGACAAAAUGUGCAUACUAAGUUGUGUUACAACUGUCAGCUUUAAGUUGCCCCUUCUGGUCUUUGCUCUGAGAUGUUCCUCUGAGGAAGGCACAUACCUGGGUUUGAUGAGAAGUCCACUGAUCAGUUUUGGGGAAUUAGCUAACAAUUUUCUGCAUACGUACCCCAAAACAUUUUAGUAUAAGAUAUUUUGAUAGUAGGCUGUUAUUUUUCACUUGCAAGUCUUAACAGCAGUCUUCAUUUGGUGUGCGGGCUUUAAACCAGCUCGAAAAUUUGGCAUCUUGUGCAGUCCAGGCUAUCAAGUGGCUGCUUUUUCCAUGUAACUCUACAUUUGGAGUAAUAGUCCUCAGCUGUCACUUGAUGUGGUGAGUUGCAUCAGAUGUUAUUCCCUCAGUUGGCAACAGUUUCAAUUCUUGGACUUUUCCCUACUGUCAGCAGCUUUGUGUCGCCUUUGGGACUGUAAAUCAUAGCUUGUGGACCAUUUGUCUAAAUGUGAGCUUAAGCGAAUUAAAAUACACACAAGAUUUUUAUAAAAAUAGAAUGAAACUCACACACACAUUAACUACUGGUGUCUCAUGGUCCUCCACAACAUAAAACAUUUCAUAUGAGAGAGAGCGUAAGAAAAUACGUGCAGAACAAGUGUCAGUGUAACAGCCAGGUGUGGCUUUGACGACUCCAAACUUUGCACAGAGGAACGCAUUUGUUAGAGACCACUGUUAGCUAAAUCAAAUUAGACUAAUGUGCUCUUUUGAGCAUAAUUGAAAUGAUACUAAUAUUUGUAUUGAUUUGCCACUGGUGUAGGUGAAUGCUCUAAUGUUCUUGCUGCUGUGAGUACAAUUUGCAGUUGUUCCACUUUACUGUCUAGUAACUCCCUAAUAUUGUGGCACAGUCAGAUAGGCCUUUUUUUAACUGUGUUAAUUUGAACUGAUUUCUAUUCUUCCUAUUAUUUAGACCAAAAGCAAGAAGCAUGUUGUUGGAGACCAUAACUUUGCCUGCAAAUUGAAGAUCAUCUAAUACAAACGAGUUCUAAAGAACACUACCUACCAUCCAACUGCAAAUACACCCCAGUUUUAGGGGCACGUUGUUUCAUUGACCUUAAAAGAUCUUUCUGCAGUGUAAAUUGUAAAUACAUGGUUUGUUACAAAUUAUUUUUUCUGUACAUAAAUAUUAAAUAAUGCAAAUCA